AUGAGCACGCCAGCAGUGCUCAUAUCAACUUCAUUUACAUCCUCAACCAUGUCAGCGCCUGUCUCAGAGACCCAACCCUCGACCGGGUCGAGACCCCCACGUUCAUCGAGACCGAGACGCCGAGGGCGGGGUCCUGCAAAUCGCGAUGGGCAGCAACAAAGGCCUGCCGCCACAGGCGAAACUCAGAACCAACCUGCCGCGCAAUCACAACCAGUACAGCCUCAGCCCUCCUCGAAUACAAACCAGCCUGAUCAGCCCAAUGACCAGCGUGCGCCGCGAGGUGGAAGAAAUAGAGAAGGCAGAGGGAGGAGACAACGGAACAAUGGAACUCCACGACGAGACCAGGGUCCAACUGAAGGAAAUGAAGGACAAAGCACACGGCCCGAGCCGCGAUCUCGGGGCAUGAAAGCGCGAGGCUUUGAGGCUCAAUUGACCCGCCCGGAUCAAUCUGAUGAUGCGGCAUUGGGGGGUGCGGGGCAGAAUGAUAAUUCUUUAAGAGCCGAUGUACCAGCAUUCGUACCAGGAGCGCCUCCUGCCGAGCCUCAAUCCGGACAGCCUUCGGAAUCCGCGCCAUCCGCCAAAGGGAAGGGCAAGGCUAAACAGCCUAGAGCACCGCCGCAACCACCGAAGGUCACGACGAAGUCCACAGCCCCCGAUUUGGCUACCCGGAUCCACGAAGACAUUUCUCACAAUCUAUACGAAUGUCCCAUCUGCUGUAGCGAGUUGGGUCGCAGAUCUCGUGUCUGGUCUUGUGAGCUCUGUUGGACCGUUUUCCAUUUGAGCUGUGUUAAGAAAUGGUCCAAGAACGAAGGCGCCUCGGCGCAAAGGGCAUCGGCCCAGGAGAAUGGGCAGGAAAGCUCCACCCCACGCGCCUGGCGUUGUCCCGGUUGCAAUCUUUCGCAUCAGAACUUCCCUUCGAAUUACUCUUGUUGGUGUGAGAAGGAGGUUGAUCCUAGACCACUCCCUGGACUACCGCCUCAUUCCUGUGGACAGACUUGCUCGCGACCUAGAAAGGGCUGCCCACAUCCUUGUGAUACGACAUGCCAUGCUGGUCCUUGCGCACCUUGCACUGCCAUGGGACCAACGCAGGAUUGUUUCUGUGGUCUGAACUCUUCAACGAAGCGUUGCCAGGAUACCGAUUAUGAGAACGGAUGGAGCUGCGGUGAAAUUUGCGGUGAGCUUCUUCCUUGUGGAGAACAUACCUGUCCACUUCCAUGUCAUGAGGGCCUGUGUGGGGGCUGUGAAGUCGAAAUCGAAGCUCGCUGCUAUUGUGGAAAACUGCAGACCGAAAUGCUAUGCAAAUCCAAGGACGACGAGGAAGACAGCCGAGUUGUUCGCGAGGAUGGUUCUGAAGAAGAGUGGACUGGCUGCUUUGGUUGUGGGGAGACUUGCAACCGUCCUCUGGACUGUGGCAAACAUACUUGUAAAAAGGGUUGUCAUCCCCAAGACUCGCAGCCUGCUCACUGUCCACGGUCUCCGGAUGUCGUUCUGGACUGCGCCUGUGGAAAGACGCCGCUUUCUGAGAUCCCGGGGUACACACCCCGGACAUCUUGUGAAGAUCCAAUCCUCAAUUGCCAGAAACCUUGUGGCAAGACCCUACCCUGUGGCCAUCCUUGCGACAAAUUGUGUCACACCGGUCCUUGUGGCGCUUGUUUGCGCCAAGUUUCCAUCAAAUGCCAGUGCGGCCGCACCGACAAUACGACCAUCUGCCACCAGGGUGUCAAUGAACCCCCCAUGUGCCCGCGUCAGUGCAAGGCUAACCUCCACUGCGGUCGUCACACGUGCACUGAUCGAUGCUGCCCUGGAGAGCAAAGAGCGAACGAGCGUCAGGCUGCGCGUCGCAAGCUCAGACCUCACCUUCGCCCUGCCGAGGAGGAUAUCGAAGCGGAACACAUUUGCACUCGGGUGUGUGGUCGGACGCUGAAAUGCGGAAGACAUACAUGUCCCGAACUCUGCCAUAAGGGUGCUUGUAACACUUGCAGAGAGGCGGUGUUUGAGGAGAUCGCGUGUAAUUGCGGAAGAUCUGUACUCUACCCACCUCAGCCAUGUGGCGCAAAGCCACCGGCUUGCAGUUUCCCAUGCGAGCGUCCAAAGCGAUGUGGUCAUCCUCAGGCUGCGCACAGCUGCCACACAGACGAAGAGAAUUGUCCAAAGUGUCCGUUCCUAACGGAGAAGCCUUGCCUGUGCGGCAAGCGUGUUUUGAAGAAUGUGCCUUGUUGGCUGGCAGAUGCUCGUUGUGGACAAAUCUGUGGACAGCCGCUCAAGUGCGGCUCGCACUUCUGUCGCAAGGAUUGCCAUCGCCCCGAGGAUUGCGAGGAUGCAACUAAACCUUGCACCCAGGCUUGUGGAAAGAACAAGUCCAUCUGCGGCCAUCCUUGCACCGAGCAGUGUCAUGCUCCUUACGCGUGUUCCGAGAAGAUGCCAUGCUCGUCCAAGCUCACAGUGACAUGUGGCUGUGGACGACUCAGGCAGGAAAAGCGUUGCAACGCCGCCAAAGCCGUGACAAUCAAGGGCCAGGUCCAGUCACCUCAACGCAAUCCCGAGCUGACUCCACUGGCCUGCGAUGACGAGUGCACUCGUCUAGAGCGGAAUCGCUCCCUGGCAGGUGCCCUCGGUAUUGACAUCAAUCAAACCACCACAGCACAGACGAUCACGGCCGAGAACCUCCCUUACUCAGAGGAGACUCUCAACCAAUACAUCAAACUUGCAGCAUCGGCUCCUCUCUCAACCCUGCAAACAUACGAAUCAAACCUCCACUCCCUAGCAACGGCAGACAGCUCUACCCGCUCCUUCCGCUUCCAGCCCGCAAAGCCCACCCUGCGCGCAUUCGCUCACUCCCUAGCCGCAGACUGGGGCUUCGUCACAGAAAGCCACGACCCAGAACCACACCGACAUGUCUUCGUCCUCAAGCCCGUGGCUUGGACACCACCUCUGUUCGGCACAGGAAGCGGCUCGUCAAUCGGUAUUGGCGGCAUGAGCGUGCGCGAAUGUGUCAAGCUGCGAGAGCGCGAGCGUGCAAAGGAGCAGGAAUCCCGUCGUGUCGCUGCCAUCGAAGCGAAGGCUGCGCGCGAAGCCGCGAAAGCCCAGGCUAGUGGUGGAGAUGGGGGAUGGGCUCAGGUUGCCUCCAAGAGUCGGGGUGGAAGUGGUGCCAGUACACGGAGUGGCACGCCGGUCCAGAACUCUUGGGUGAGCAAGUCUAUUUAUUCUGCUCUUGAUGGUGAUGGGUCGAAGAAGGAACGUCUUGUUCUUCGCUCUGGUGUUGGGGCUGGCAAGUCUUUGCGCGCGAAGACACCUGCUGCUGAGGUUGUUGAUAGUUGGGAGGAUGCUGAAGAAGCCGAGGAGAAGGAGGAGAAGGAAGAGGAGAAAGAGAAGCAGAAUCAGGUCGAAGGUGAUCGGGUCCUGGAACAGGAGACCCUCUCUGAGGACCCUGGGGACCAUGUGGGAGUUGAGCCUGUGGCCGAGUCACAGUCCCAGCCCAGGGAUCAGUCAGAGGAUCAGGUUGGUCAGACCGAGGCCACUACGAAUGAAGUCGAGGCUUAG